AUGGAUCCACCUUCCGAAAUUCAGUUGAAUAAUCUAUCUCGAACUCAACUCCACAGUUUUUUAAAGACGUGUUCUUAUGAACACAUCGAGAACAUCCGAGAAACCAAUUGCAGAAUGAAGCCAUUCAUUGACAGAAAUCGCAGAAGUUACCAGUAAGUUUCAUUUACUGAUUCUGAUUUUUUGUUGCAAUUUUGAAAAAUUGGUUCUUUCUAGAAAACAACAGAUGCAAUCGUUGAUACUUGCUAACGAUUUGAUGAAGACUCGACUUGCUGUAAAGCUUCAUCAUAUUAAAACCACGCGAAUCAACAAUUUCGCCAAUUGGGUUUAUAAAAAAGAUGACGGAUAUAAUUUGGAUAUUCAUGGCCUAGAUCCACAAUGGUUGAUUGUGGAUACGAAGCUGAACCCUUUGAAACAACUGGAUUCCUGGUGGCUGGAGGAACGCAAAAAGGUAACAUUUUAUUAUGACAAUUUGAAAACUAAUUUGUGAACGAGACCACCCACGACGCCACCGUAAUACGCAGAAUUUUUUCCUUCUCUUAGAUUUUCAGUAUAUGUGACCCGUCGAAUGUCGGGCAAUACUUUUUGAAAAUCUUAUAUUUCAGGUUUCACUGAACGACAAUGUGAACACGGUGGAUGCCCUCACAAAAUGGUUCAAGAAUGCCACACAUUUUGAACUUCAAACAGUUCGAAGAGCUAAUCUUGGCAAUAUUUUGGAUAAUAUGCCAAAUCUUGUUCAUCUCAAGUUGCAUGAAAAAUCUACCAAAGUCACAUGCUCAAACUCGGAUUUCGAACAACUCGCAGAAGAAUUUAGCGAAUUCGAGUAUCUUGAAAUACAACCCACGUUAUCGUCAAAAAUCACUUUGGGAGGACUUGUUGAAUUCUUGAAGGUGAGGGGGAGAUAAAUCAUAUGAAAAUUGAAAAAAAAACACGAAAGUAGUUUUGUAAACCACAUAUAACAUUUCGAAUAAAAUGAACGUUUUGUGAGAGUUUUUCCGUGAUAAUUACCACUCUGUUUUUUUUUCAAAAUGUAUACUUUUUGGCGGAGUUGCAUGUCUGAUAAAUUUUCUGAAAAUUGUUUUUUGGGGUUUUUAAAUCAAUGCACAAAUGUUCCUUUUUUCAUAUCCCCAGCGCCAAACACAUCGCAAAGAUAGAAUUCCCAUAUAAAAAUUGGGGUUGGCACUCUGCCAGCCAUUGGCUGUUGGCCAAUUGCGCUAUUCCUCUGUCUGCGUCUCUCACAAUGUUUUUGAAACACAUCUGUUUUCUGAACAAAUGGAAAAACAACGUGAACUACUGUAACUUUGAAUAAAUAAAAUUCCAGAAAGUCAAUUGCAUCACUGAAGCAACUUUCAAAUUUUGGAACAUCAAAGGUUUGCGAAGAUGUUUUGAGAGACUGAUCAAAGCAGACACUUCAUUCCAUCCAAUGAUCAAAGAAGGUGCCAAAUAUGUACUCAACCGAACUGAUGGAAUCAGAAUGAAUGUCUAUUUCAGCUUUGAAAAGGAAAAUUGAAAUUUGUCUGUUUGAGAUUCAAAAACAUUCUAAUUUUCUAAAGCAAAAAUUCAUUCCAUUUUCAUGUCAGUUCAUUUUUUGUCUUUUUGUUUUCAAAUAUUCCUGGUGCUGUAUAAUCGCUUGUAUCCCCAACAUAUUUAUCUAUUUAAUCAAUAUUCCAUUUUCAGCAUUACUAAUAAACGCAUUUUAUGAAUCACAAAAUCAUGUUUUUUAUUUGUUUCAUUCAAUGAGUAAUACCUUUAUGUCUAUCAGAUUUUUCCUCUUUCCCCCCAGAAAAAAGUCUAUACACACAUAGUUUCCCAUAGUUUUUGAUCAAAUUAUUUUUAUGUGUGAUUAAAAAAUAAUUCAUUUCGUCUCUUAGCGACAUAUUUCUAUAAAAUCUCUAGAUAUUAACCAGAAAAAAGAAAAAGAUAUGUAAAUGAUUUUGAGCUUUUAUAUAUUAUUACUUUUUUAAACCAAAUGUGUAUAUAAAAGUUGUUCGUCAAAAAGAAAAGCCUUCUCGUGUUUUUUCUUUCAAAAUAAAAGUUCCAUUGUUUAGCAAUUUGCAUAACCUUGAAUACUUUAUUUUCGAAAAUUUGUAUGUUUUCCAAAAAAGCCAUUUUUUCAUUAUAAAUUAUCAAAACACCUGCCCCAAUUUUCGCAUAUUUCUUUUCUCAUGUCUAUGCUCUUGCUCUUUCUUUCAACAAGUGUGCAUUUUUGCACUUUCGGAGAGUUUUGCUUUUUUUGCAUUUCGAAAUAUUUUUGCAGAGAAAACUGGGAAUGAAAGAACUCAGCGAUGAAGAGUUGAUUGCUAAGCUCCGCCACUGCGAUUAUGAAGUGCUUGAUUGUUUCAGAGAGUCCGACCCAACAAUCAGAGAUUUCAUCGCAAAGCAUCGAAUGCAGUUACAGUUAGUUUUUCAAUCUUUUGCAAGCCAACACCGUUUGUCAGAAAAAAAAAUGUUGAUAAAACCUUCUUAAAAAUUCCAAAUUUAAAAAAUAGAUAUAAGAGACAAAUUUUUAUCUAUCGUUUCGAGACAAAACUAUAGUAUAUUCAAAGUUUUCUCUCUGCGUCUCUCGCUAUUCCCCCUUGUUGAAAAAUCGUGCCAGGACCACCCACGACGCUUCAACAUGCUGUUUCUAGAAAGUAUUUUAGGUCAAAAAUUGUUUUUGGACAACCAAGAAAGAGACAACCUGAACUCAAAUUGUGGGGAAUUUUGUUAAAUCAGGAUUCGUAGUUUCUACAUUUAAAAUAAUCAAAACAUUUUCCUUCAACUUUUAAUAAAAUUUUUUCAGAAGAAUUCCAAUGGGAAAAAUGGAAGUUCUACAUGCCGAAAAUUCGAUCAGAGUCAAAGUUGAAAGUGUUCGAAUGGCUGGUCGUCCAGCAAAUGAUAUGUAUUUCAUCGAUACGGACAAAUUUGGAUUGCAUGCACUUGAAACAAAUCCCGAUGAGCUGAUCAUCGAUGAUAAAGUUCUUGCGAUGUGUGAAUUGAACGAAGAAUGGAUCAAUGAGAGGAGAAAGGUUGGCUCUUUUUAAUUGUUCAAAAAUAAACUAGCAUGAAAUGUUAUCCAGGUGAUUAUCAAAAAUAUCCCCAAAAGUUACGAGACCUAUGUUGCUAUGUUCAAAAAUUGCACUCAUCUCACUUUGAAUUGUCAAUCUACAAUGAAAAUGGAAACAAUCCUGUCACAUAUGAAAAAUUUUGUUGAACUGAAAUUAACAGGCUUUGGAACUAUUUGUCAUUAUGAGGAUUUGGAAAAACUGAUGGAUGCAACAGAAGUUCUCGAAUAUCUGGAAAUUGAUUUGCAUCCAAGUUCGAAAAUAGCAGCGAAUGGAUUGCAUAGAAUAAUUCAGGUAAUUUUUCAUCAUAUUCUUAAAAUAAAAUAUUUAUUUCCAGGAGAUUUACCUCGCAGAUGAAGCUGUUAUGAAGUUCAGAAAUUUCCCAGAACCCAGAUUAGAUGUUUUUGGAUUCUUGCAAGAGGGAGCAUUCAUUGACGAGGUGAUUGAGCGUGAGGAUCAUUUCGAAGUUCGCAGACCUUUCGAAUCUGUCAUCAGAGUUUACGUCGAAUCUGUUUACAAGGAUUGA